UAAAAAAGAUGGCUGAGAUUUACCCAAAAAAAAAACAGAAAGAGAGCUGAGAUUGUUUCAUAAAACCGACAUUUCGGUUUUCAAGUAAAUACUGACGAGAGAAGGAAAAGAAAGCUUUCUUCCGCUACACUUCAAAUUCCAGACUUCUUUGAGCUUCGUUUUCAUAUGGACAAGAGAAUAGGGCUUCUCUCUCCCUGAGAUUCCUGGUGAAAUUCUUCAUAUUUUGGCCACGUAUGUUUACUGCAAGAAAGCUCGUCUUAGGGUUUUAAGAAAAGGCAUUUGCCAUUCCUUUAAUAGGAUGGCAACCGAGAGUCCUAUGAGAUUGGUGGAAUCUACCGGAGCUAGAAACUGGUCCUCUUCUGAGGAGGCUGCAACAUUUGCAUCAUCUUCAAACAAUAUGGCAGCAGAAGAGUUGGGAUUGCUGUUGAAGGGUCGAAAAUUUCAUGGAAAUGGGAGGGAUGUAAUUCCUAAUCGCAGUGGAAGUGCUCCUCCAAGCAUGGAGGGAUCUUUUGCUGCCAUUGGAAAACUUAUAGCACCAAACUCCAGUCUGGAUGCUAGCCUGGCAGGUUUAAACCGUGCUAUUGAAAAUUGUGAGUCUGAGGAGCAACUCCGUGCUGAUCCGGCCUAUUUGGCAUACUACUGCUCCAAUGUGAACUUGAAUCCCAGACUUCCUCCACCUCUUGUCUCACGGGAGAACUGCCGCUUGGUACGUCAUAUUGGUGGAUUGGGUAAUAAUUGGAGAUUGACUUCAUUUGAUGACAGUGAAAAUGGGUCCUUACAACUGUCUCAAGGUACCCUUUCUAUCCAUAAGGAGGAGCCAGAGGAUGAUAGAUCACCCCGGCAGGCAUCUUGUGAUUGGGAAGAAGGGAGUAGUGGUCUUUUUUCUGAACAGUGGACAAGUUCUUUGACCGGCCGCCACAAGAGUCUGGUUGAUCUUAUACAGGAAGACUUUCCUCGCACUCCUUCUCCUGUAUAUAACCAAUGUCAUUCCUCAAGCCAUGCCGCCACAGAGGAAGGAGUUGAUCAUGAUGCCAUUGUCACCUCCUUACAUGAUCCACUCAAUAGUUCUGCAAAAUUACCUGAGCUGAAUGUGGGCUCUGCUGACAUUUCUGUGGGAACAAUUUCUUUGGGUUUGCAUUCUGUAGGAUUAAUUUCGAAUGGUGAUUCUUCUGCUUCAAUUCUGAGCUCAUCAUCCCCGGAUGGGAUGGGAAGCCAUCCUGGCCAGAAACGGGGGUCAAUUACUCUAGAUACCAAUUUGGAAGAUGAUGUUCUAGUUACCAGCAUGAUUGAUCCGGAUAUUACCGGAAUUGAAUUUGAAGUUAAAGCUCUUGAUCUAUCCAGUCUGCCAGAAAAUCACAGGAAUCAACAAGAAUGGCAACAUCCUCAACCAAAUAAUUUACAGCACCAUCAUUUCCGCCCGCAACAAGGCACUACAUCACAAAUUCAUGGGGGCCAACCUCAGAUGAUUUCUCACAGAAUGCACCAGCAAUACAUUGGUAGCGAUCAAUUUUCUCUUGGUCACUCCAAAUUUUCAGCUGUUGAGGUACAGCCAGCUCUCCAGUCUUCUGGAAUCACACCUCCCCUAUAUGCUCCAUCCACAGCUACAGCUACAGCUACGGCCUAUAUGGCUUCAGGAAAUCCAUUUUACCCUAACUUACAACCAUCGGGCUUAUUUGCUCCACAAUACGGUUUAGGUGGGUAUGGUUUAAAUACUUCUCUUCUGCCUCCAUUUGUAGCUGGAUACCCUCCUCAUAGUGCUAUUCCAAUGGCUUUUGAUGCUACUGCUGGUCCUAGCUUCAGUGCUCGACCUACUGGUGUUUCAACAGGGGGAAGCAUAGCACCUGGAGUUGAUUUGCAACAUCUGUUCAAGUUUUAUGGACAGCGUGGUUUGACGCUGCAGCCUUCUUUUCCAGAUCCUCUUUAUAUGCAGUACUUUCAACAUUCCUCAGAUGAUGCAUAUGCUUCAGGCCAAUAUAAUCCAUUGGCAUCUAGGGUCAUGAGAAGCCAGGUGGAUGGCUUUGAUUCACAGAAAGCUUCUUCUGCAGCUGCUUAUCCAGCAGAUCAGAAGUCACAGUAUCCAAGAAGUGGGGGUUUAACCAUCCCAUGCCCAAGAAAAGGGGGAGUCGGUAGUCAAAAUUUAUAUGGUAGCCCCCCUGGCAUGGGUGUCUUGAUGCAAUUCCCAACCUCACCGCUUGCUAGUACAGUAAUACCAGGAUCCCCGAUUGGGGGGACAAGUCUUCCAGGGAGGAGAAACGAAAUGAGAUUUCCACCGGGUUCUAGUGGAAAUCCAGGGGUAUAUUCUGGAUGGCAAGGUCAAAGAGGAACCGAAAGGUUUGAUGACCCAAUGACGUCUUCUUUCCUUGAAGAGUUGAAAUCCAGUAAAGCCCGAAGAUUUGAGCUAUCUGACAUUGCUGAGCGCAUUGUUGAAUUUAGUUCUGAUCAACAUGGGAGUCGGUUUAUUCAGCAGAAGUUGGAAAAUUGUAGUGUUGAAGAAAAGGCAUCUGUUUUCAAAGAAGUUCUUCCACAUGCUUCAAAGUUGAUGACUGAUGUUUUUGGGAAUUAUGUUAUUCAAAAGUUUUUUGAGCAUGGAAGCCCUGAACAGAGAAAGGAACUGGCAAAUCAACUUUCUGGCCAUAUAUUGCCUUUGAGUCUUCAAAUAUAUGGCUGUCGUGUAAUCCAGAAGGCACUUGAGGUUAUUGAGUUGGAUCAGAAAACGAAGCUUGUCCAUGAACUUGAUGGGCAUGUAUUGAAAUGUGUACGUGAUCAAAAUGGAAAUCAUGUAAUACAGAAAUGCAUUGAGUGUGUUCCAAUAGAAAAAAUUGGGUUUAUCAUUUCUGCUUUUCAUGGUCAAGUUGCAACACUUUCCACACAUCCGUAUGGUUGUCGUGUUAUCCAGAGAGUUCUGGAGCAUUGUUCGGAAGACCUGCAAUGUCAAUGUAUAGUGGAUGAAAUUUUGGAAUCUGCUUGUGCUCUUGCCCAAGAUCAGUAUGGCAAUUAUGUUACCCAGAAAUGA